CACUCAUGUCGAUAUCGCCACUUGAGACCAACACUUUCUCUGCAUAUUAGCGGCAUUUGAACAUCCAACUGAACGCCUGGCAACACACCAACAUGGCGUCGCUAGCUUUUGUCAGGGCGUCACGCUCUAAGCUUUUGCCCCUCCUCUCUUCCCCUUCUCGCCUGCAUUCUCAUGCCACUAGCUUCGGUUUUAAGGAGGUGCGGGAAGAGGAAAAAAGUCAGAUGGUUGGAAAUGUCUUUUCAAGUGUGGCUUCAAAUUAUGAUGUGAUGAAUGAUGUAAUGAGCGCUGGUCUGCACAGAUUAUGGAAGGAUAGAUUGGUAGAAGAACUGAAUCCAUUCCCUGGAAUGAAGCAUCUGGAUGUGGCUGGUGGAACAGGCGAUGUUGCUUUCAGGGUUCUGGAUUCAAUUAAGCGCAGAGCAUUGCGAGAUGCACCUGAACAUUAUCUACAGGAAGAAACUACUAUUUAUGUUUGUGACAUCAAUCCAAAGAUGCUAGAUGUUGGUAAAAAGAGGGCUUCAGAAAGAGGUCUUGGAGGAGACAGGUCUCUAAUAUGGGUGGAAGGAGAUGCAGAAGCUUUGACGUUUGAAGAUAAUUCAAUGGAUGGCUACACUAUUGCAUUUGGGAUCAGGAAUGUUACGCACAUCGAAAAAGCUCUGGCAGAAGCCUACAGGGUACUUAGACGAGGAGGGCGAUUUGUUUGUCUUGAAUUAAGUCAUGUUGAGACUCCAGUUUUCAAGCAAUUGUAUGAUUACUACUCGUUUUUUGUCAUUCCAGCCGUUGGAGAGGUGGUUGCAGGAGAUAGAGAGUCUUACCAAUAUUUGGUUGAAAGUAUUCGCCGCUUCCCUUCUCAGGACAUAUUUGCAUCAAUGAUUGCAGAAGCAGGUUUUCAGAAGGUAGAAUAUGAAAAUCUUAUUGGUGGAGUGGUUGCCAUCCAUUCAGGGAUGAAAAUUUAGCUGUCUUGAUCACUUGAAUUCUGAGGCAAAAUUUGAGAAUUCUUGUACGCUGCUUGGUAACAAAACAGUUGGAGCGUUGGAGCUAACCUUGGUGCCAGUUACAGGGAAUCCAGAACUCAAAAUUAAUUACAGUAGUCUGUGUUUCUUUUUGAUGGUCACGCAGGACGAAGCUACAUUGGGGCCCAAGGGGACCUGGCCCCUGUCAACAUUCUGGAAGUCGAUAUAUAAUUAAUAAAAGUAGUUACUGACUAUGAAUUGAGGUGUGUUGUAGUGGUUGAGCAUUGGUCUUAGAAACAGGUCAACCCGCGUUCGAUCCCUUUUCACCCAAAAUUUUAGUGUUUUGCCUUGUUUUUUUUGCCGUUUGCCUUUUUCCUUCCUCUCCUUUCUCCUUUCGUUUGUUGCUGACUUGCUGUGCACAAACAUUUCUUAUUUAUUUAUUUUCUUUUCAAUUUUCCAUUUCAGUUUUUUUUAAUGGAGAUAACAUGGGUAUUUGUAUAAAUCGUCGGUAAAUUUUAUGAAUAAAACUUUUUUUUAAAAAUAAA